UCAAAAUUUCUCUGGUUGUCCUGUUACUGAUAUGACUUUAUCAAACUUGAGCUCGCGAUAAUUAUUUCUUGACAAUUUUAUUUGUUUAUAAAUUAUCUAUCUCACCACCGCUAUAAGUUCCAAUUAAGAGAACACUUUAGAUGUCUCUAGGCAUGUCUACGCGAAAGCCAACCUUUCUGCCGGCCUAUCGUCGCGGUAUAGCUCUCCACGAGAGCUUUUGGCGUAGCCAAAAACUUCCAGACACCUUUCCUCCACGAAAUGCUAGUUCAGCAACCAACUCAGUUCGAAUUGUUGUUUGGGGUACCCAUCCACAGGCAAGAUCGGACCAUGUUGUAAACAUGAUUAACUAUGCUGAUGUGAAUAUAAGCUCAACAGAAUUGGGAAUGUUCUCUUAUCCUGUAGAAUUUCUAUGCGAGGGCAAUGUUUACGCUCUUGACAUCACCGAGUUGCCCCAGCCAGAAGCUCAGCCGCAAGCUUUGCUGUCGAUGUUCCAGCAGUUCGCAUUCAUCCUGGUAUAUACCGUCACGUCCUUCUCGUCCUUCAAAGAUGCUCAGAAUCAGUUCGGCAAGCUUCUGGCAACCAUGGAAGUAGGGAUCGACAACCAUCCAUUCCCAAUCAUGAUUUUGGGGCUAACGACAGAACUCGGUACGAGCUCUGAUCUACCUACGCAGCAGGCAUCAAGACCAGUUCGCCAAGUCCCAACAUAUGAGGGCAGAUCCUUCGCAGAAACCAGAGGAUGCCUAUUUGCAGAAUCCUCCGCACAGGUUUUCUCUGAUAUAAUUGGUGUGUUUGCGGCUAUUGUGGAGAGAAUCAACCAUGCCUCCUCGAAUCGGGCGCCAGGAUUUACACCAGCCGCAGCUGAGGAGUUAGCAAGGAAACAGUGGAUAGUUGCGGUAGACUCCGUUCCAAAGGAUAGCAGGAAACACUUCUAA